GCAACUGUUCGUGCUCUCCAUAAACUGUUGCACAACCACCUCUUUUAUUCACAGCCGCUGUGCACGGUAGAAAGGUUUCAGGAAAACAUGUCUGCGCUCAACAGAAAGAUCAUCAACACUACAUCGGCCCCUGCUGCCAUCGGGCCAUACAGCCAGUCGGUGGUUGUGGACCGAACGAUGUACAUCUCAGGUCAGCUGGGGAUGGACGUGGCCUCUGGUCAGCUGGUAGAUGGAGGGGUGCAGGCCCAGGCCAAGCAGGCUCUCAUCAACAUGGGGGAGAUCCUUAAAGCUGCUGGCUGUGACUACACCAAUGUGGUAAAGACGACCGUGCUGCUCGCUGACAUCAACGACUUUAACAGCGUCAAUGAGGUCUACAAAACAUUUUUCAGUAAGAACUUCCCUGCCAGAGCUGCCUACCAAGUCGCUGCUCUCCCCAGAGGUGGGCUGGUGGAAAUUGAGGCGAUUGCUGUUCUUGGUCCUCUCUCAGACUCCUGACUAGACGGCCCCAUCCCAAACAAGCUGUAGUUAAACCAUCACGUGACCUUUUAUAGUUGGACAAUGUAAGCCUUAAGACACAUGAAAGACUAAACUAGGAUCUUGUUGACUUCUUUUUUUUACCACAUUUUCAGGUUAUAACAGUAAUGUGUUUCUCUUCUGGCCACUAUGGCUGGUUGACUGCACUAGUGAACUACUGUCACCGUUAUACCACUCUAUAUUAAAACCCUUAACAGCUGAGCAGCACGUAAUUCGCCAGCAUUAAACUAAGUGUAAUGAUGAAGUGGUAUUGUGUCUGUACAGCCAGUCUAACAUUCCCUAGUUACAGUGGCCAGAUUCAUCUUCCUCGUGGUUUCUGGUUCGUUACCUUACCUCAUCUUCUGUUUUGUUCCAGAGAAAUAUUUCAACACAUGUUUUAAGUGCAGCUCUCACUAAUAAAUAAUGUAGUAAAA